UGUGAAACGGAUCUACUCUGUCCACCUGCUUUUUUAGUUGUUUUGCUAUGAAGACUUGUUGUCUCUAAGUAGUUGUUGAAUAUUUGUGGUCUGCUUGGUCCUCUCUUGGUUUCUUCAUGAUUGAGAGCUCCACUUCCCACCUGCUCCCACUACACAACUACAGCAGCGAACAAGCUUCAUGGCCUCCGACAUGUCCACAUGUCCCGUGGUCGAGCCCUAGACCACGACGUCGCUUCUCCGCUUGGCGUAUUGCUAUAAGAGUGCCUGUGCCAGAGACAACGGGGGAACCUCGUCUACAUGAUAUCUACCAUCGAUGCGACUAGCACUGAAGCAACUUUAUUGAAGCCGAAGCCAUAUUAGCCACCGUUCUUGUGCUUAAAGCAGAGGAGUGUAGUAAAAUGUCUGCAGCUCCAGGCGUUGUGGUCGGCACGUCGCCGUCUGCUGGAAGUACGUCAUCUGGCAAAUCUACAGCAGCUCCUCCUGCCUUUAGUAAAUCCACCUCAGCAUCGUCUUCUAGCUCGUCAACAACUGUGAAUGCAGUAACUCUUAAUGUUAUGAAGUAGUGCUUCAUUAGUUUUAGCAGAUAGGAGUUUAUUACUUGAUGAUCAUGAUAGCUACCCUUUUCUCUUUUCUAUCUUCCUCUGGUCUUACUUUUUUCUAGCAGACCGUCUGCUCCACCACAAUUAUGCAGUUGUAGUGCUAGUGGAGCAGAAAUUGAAGGCGCGAUGCAUAGGGUCAGACUUUGCUAUAUGCGAUUUAUUUGCUAUAUGAUUUAUAUUUAUUCACCAUUACGGAACCAGGCAGCUUUGAGUGAGUUGCUACGUGGUUCGAAUGAAUGAAUGAAUCUUAAUCACGACGACCCUGAUUUCACGACCCAAAUUUAUAUGUUGUCUUAUAUGUCUCCACCGUUCUCUUUCAUCCCUCGCCUUAUCGAACACAAGCAGGUGGAUUUCCUGUUUCGAUGCAAUCACUGCGUGAAACUUAUUCCCGAGUCAGCGCCAAUUUACAUGCGGAAUGACAGCUCCUAUUGCUCAACAGUAUGCAGGAAGAAGGGAAUUUCCCCACUCUACACCAAUCUCGUGGAUCAGCAAUUGAAAUUGAUGCAGGUGCUUCUGCUACUCGUCGGUCUCCAUUUAUUUAAAAUUGCAUUUAGAUUUUCGUCUGGUUUUUUGAUGCCCCCAGAUGAAGCAGAAUAUUAAAGCACGUUAUGAUGUUGAGAGAACUGGUUUUACUGAGAAAUAGAACCUCAAAGAACUUUGAUCAAGAACAUAUAGACUCAUGAUGAUCUUUCUUGAUCUAAGUAUGUCCAUAUUACUUUCCUCGUCAAAGCCCUUCCAAUCAAUCAUAACACUAACAGAACGACUUGCAGGAUCAUGUACCAUUGACGAAGAUAACAUCGGAAAGCAGUGUCCAGUCAAGAAGCGACAGCCAAGGCGAAGAGCCAGGGGAUGGGAUUUUACCGUUUCGUCUAGUGGCAAAACUCGGCCAAAAAAUCUUGGAUAAGAUAAUUCCGGUACGACCUCUGUAUUCCUUAAAUUUUACUUUCACGUUCGUUCAACUUCAAUGGUGCAGAGGAUGAUGCUCGCUGUAUCAGCAGGUACUGCUCUGCCAUAGAUGUAGCUGCUUGUUGGUCAAUUUUUUUGCGAGAAUACACUCACACCAGACUACCAGACUAGCUUCCUAGUACCACACAAAUCCUCGUGUUCACAAACUACUAGAAUAUAGACACUCACCACCUCCAACUCCUAGGUCGUCAAGGACAAUGCCGCAGCAGAUCGCAUGUUGCGGACGUAUUCUAGUGGCCUCGUUUGGGGGAAAGAGUAUACGCGGAAUAGCAGCUUCAACUUUCUCUUUCACUACUUCCCCAACAUAGAUCAGUAUUAUCCUCAGGAUUCGUCACUACAUUUAUGACACGGCUUGAAAAAGAUGUCUAUCAUGUAGGAUCCGUGGUUCUUUUUCUAGAGAGUAAAUGUUGUCCCCAGGGAUGCCUUUUUCUAGAGAGUCAGUUCUUUUAUGUGCUCCUACGACAGGAGGAGCUCUAAUAGAUCGCGAAGAGACUUCUUGUUCUUUUAUGUGCUCCUACGACAGGAGCUCUAAUAGAUCGCGAAAACACCGAGAUUCGGUUACAACUGCAACAACAAGGACAAGACGCACUUAUACUACAGCAGCAAGCAGGAAAAGCUUCAAACGGAGACUCAGGCCCAGGUGGAGGGGAGCAGGGAGAACGUGAUUAUGACAUCACAAGGAAAAGUUGAACAACUUAAUGUUCCUUUGGACACACUGUUGGAACUGUAUCAUCCCGCCGGUAGGCUUGAGGGACUACUUGGGAUGCGAAUGAAUGAAUAUAUCCUGAUCUGGUUCUGGUCAUACAAUGUAUAGCUCCUAAUGUUGUAGAUCUUCUACGUAGUGAAGAUGAGGAUCUAGUACUUGUACUUUUUUAAUAGUGAUUUGAUAGAUACUGGUGGACUCUGCUUCUCCUGUACCGACUUACUUUUCGUUCUAAGAAAAAGGUGGCUUAACAAGUGUCGUCGCGACGGAUCCUCAAGCGGCCUUUCAGAGUGAGCUGGCAGAACGGUUAAAACAAGAUAUCGGAGGAGAUAGCACACCUGAGAAAAUGGAAAGCAGUCCUAUGGUAUUGUUCCUCGGCUCAGAUGUGCACUGAGCUCAUCUAUAUCUGAGCCUAUCGUCCUGCUCAUUGCAUUUUCAACAACUGUCAUAGUCAUUGUCUUCGUCAUUUGGAUGCUUUUUUCGAACAAUAGAUCAAUUCAGAUUGUCUUCACCUCAAGCGACAACUUGAUUCACUGUUUCCCCAUUGUCUUCACCUCAAGCGACAACUUGAUUCCCCUUCCACCCCAUUUCAUCCACAGGAGAGCAGUUCGUCUCCAGAGGCAGGAGCAGAACGCGAUAAGCAGUGUAGUUCGUCCUUCCGUUCAAGCGAAGGUGCCGCUGAGAAGUCGACACCUUCACCCAAAGGAGGAGCAACUACUAUAAAGGUUGUAGCUGCCGCAGCGCCUGAAGCGGACCCUACACUAGAGGAAGGGUCUAGCACCAUGACCGAUCAAGAUAGAGUUGUGCAUUCAAGAGCAGAAAAAAUCGCGUACAUGAUUGGAGUAGUGUUAUGGCAGGAAAACAAUAAUAUGGGCUUAGGGCUUAUUUUUUUUACAAUUUGAGGCUGGUGAAUUAUACGAGAUUAUAGGAAUUUCCAAUAACAUCUACAUGAUUGGGUUUGGACUUGGUGCAGCAGUUCCUUCGUGUACUAUAGCGAUUGGCAUUUAUAGCUGUGGUCCUCUAUUCUUCAUGCCUCCCACAAGCCGGGACGGAGGACGAGAAUAGUAGUUACGGCACUAGGGCUGGUACCGUAGGUGCGGCGUCUUCUGCUGGUAGCACAGGUCCUGGACCAGGUGAACUGAAUCCAAUACGCGAAGAGCACGAAGAACAAGAGGAAGGAGUUUAUAAUCUCCAUUCCGUUAGUUCUCGACCUGGGAGUUGUGCAGGUGGCGUUGAAAGUUAAGGGUCGUAGGUGGUUUUUAGGUGUUUUAUUUAUGGUCGUAGUUAUAGUUUUGCCUUUAGAUUAAGGAGGAAAGGUAAUCCUGAGUGAUGGGAUAAGCUACGACUCUCCUGACAGAAAAAGCUAAUAAACUCUAAGAGAGAGGUGCAUCGGGAGCGAGCAACCACUCAGGUCAAGCACCGUAUGCGAGAAUCGUCGGGAUAAAUCCAAGUCAAACCGAACGACUGCUACGUGAGGAAAAUGAUGGGGAGGAGACUUGAGCAUGUUGAGAAAGAGCUUUCCGAGUGGAGGAUGUAAAUAAAUGAAUGAAGAAGUGACCCACGUUCUCAAACGGCAGCACUGAAGACUGCUUCAGGGCAUAGGAAUUCCUCGCUGUCGUUUGCGGCUCCGAGUAGAAGAUGGUGAUAAAAGAAGGAGUUCAAGCUACUGUAUUGACCAAAAAUUUUAGACCAAUGGUGUCAAGCAGAUUUACAUUGUGAUUUAGAGUUAGGUACUCAUUUGACAUUAACUUUACAAGUUGUUAGCUUUUAGUUUUUUGGACUCUAGUUGUGUUUGUUAGUGUUGUAAAGUUAUUGAAAGACUUAGUUGUGUAGGAUUAACGAACGAAUUUGUAGCUAGAUCUUCUUGAUUUUUGGAACAAGAAGUAGAAUCUUGAUGUUAGUUGUUCUUUCAGUAUGUUAAUCUUGAUCUUGAUGUUAGUUGUUCUUGAUGUAGUUGUAAAAACUCCUGUAUGUACAACUUGUAUGAAUUUCCGGAGAGGACUACACUCGGCGCUUGUCUCUUCAGCUCUGAAAAUUUGGUGUAGUUGGUGUCUAGAAGAACGUCGUAUCAAUUUGACGUGAAACACGACAUCUCAGCCUUACUACAACCUGUAAUAUUAAUUGCUUAGGUUGUAUCGGCUCUAUGGUGAAAAUCAACAGUCACCUGUACCCUUUUCAUAAAAAGUUAAAGCUAUAAAGAGUAGUUUAUAGACGGUGGGAAGGUGGGCGACGCUGGGCCGCUGGGCGGCCACGCUUGGCACGGUGGACGGACCCUUGGCACACAUGGGGGGCACGGUGGGCGCACGCUGGGCGCGUAUAGCGUUCCCCCGCUGCUUCCGCCAAUGCACAGGGCCGCAGUCGAGGGCGGCGGGGCGCUGUGCUCCUUUGCGGAGUGGCCACGUUCUCGCUGCUUGCGGUGCUUCGCUGCUUUAUGCAGUGCCGCAUGGGUGUGUAGAGUGCGGCGCAGCGCUGCAGUGUGACUCAGUGCUCUGCUGCAAUGUGGGGCCAGUGCUGCUGAGGGAUAUCCCCAGGCGGGCAACUAGGUGGGCGCCCCGAUUCGUAUGCAGCUUGCUGCGGAUCCAGGACGCAUGCGCUUACUCUGCUGAGGGGCUUCAAAGUGGGCGCCUGAAGGGCGCCCCGAUUUUAUUGCCCCAAGUCUCACGGUGGGCACACGGUGGGCGACAUCUUUCGCAGAAGACCCACUUUUGGGCCGCCCAGCGUGCCAAGCGUGCCCACCGAUCCAAUCCUGGGGAAGGAAUAAAAAAAGAAAUAUAAUUUCACAUUCAGACUCACUUCUGACUGUUCAACACGGCUAGAGGCAGAGUGGUGAAGCAGCAGCCCUGAGCAGGGGGGAAGCCUGCGCCUCGUGGCAGCGUGAACUGUAGCACCUCGGUUUUCAUAGUUAAAGGACAACUACCCUUGCGCAACACAACCACAACCUCCAUUUCAUUUAAUCAAGCAUGAUUAGCUUCGUGUUGAUGUAGAGAUACCAGUAUUAUAGAUAUUUGUACUUCCCAUUUUUAUGAUUAUCAUCUGAGGUUUCUUGGAAUUAGUGGAGGGACUGACGAACAUAAGAUGACUUUCUUCUUCUUGUAUCUUGAAACAACUUGUUUACCUACUUGAGUUUGGCAAUCUACUUGUUCACAGACGAAUCGUCAUAGACUACUUAUUAUAUCGCAUAAUUUCUGCUCGUCCAGCACCACCUCCAGCUCAUACUAAGUACUAAGUAGCACUAUAUGGGACACCAUGAUGGUGAUUGAUGAGCUGCUCAUCCUGCUUUCAAUGUAGUUGUAUCUGCACGACUAGGACUAGGCUAGUCUCAGGCCAGGCCGUCCUAUUGCUUCUUCUUCUUUCAACUCGAGUCACUUUUUAUUUUGAUUUUGAUCACAAUGACCUUGAGCUGCUUUCUCACGUCUCUGUUUGACGCUACAACUACCUGAACACCGUUCAACGCUACAACUACUCUGUCUACUUCUUUCCAUUUUUCUUGUAACCUCCUUUGAUGCUUUCGCAGUUUUUCAAUUUCUUUACAUUUGAUUGAAUCAAAAAAGGUCGAUUCACAAUCACGACGAGACUUCGUCAACUCCUGCUACAACGAUCGAUGUCCCCAUCAACAGAGGAAUUGUGAAAAGCAUUUUGACGCCCCAAGCAAUAUCAUCACCAAUCCGAAGCCGAAGCAGCUAUUAAUGGCAG